AUGAGUUCCAGACAUCGCGACCGAAGUCGUUCCCGGUCUCGGGAUCGUGAUCGGCAUAAAGAUCGAGACAAGAGCAAGACACGAGACCGAGAUCGCGAUCGUGACCGCGAGCGUGACAAGGAUCGUGAUCGAGACCGUAAUCGUGAUCGCGACAGAGAUCGUGAGAGAGAUAGAGACCGACAUCGAUCUAAAAGGGAAAAAGACAGGGAGCGUAGUCGUAGCAGAGACCGCGAUCGCCAUAAGGAAAAGCGACGAAGCCGGAGCCGUUCGCGGAGUCGAAGUCGCGGAAGAAAGUCCAAGGACAGGGAUGGCACAAUUGCCUUGUUGGAUCAGAUGGUGGGUACAACUACAAAAGCUACCGCGCGGCAGGUCACCACAAACGGCUCUAUUAACCCCGCUACCCAGGCUGCUAUCCUCGCAGCUGCAGCCGUAGCUCAGACGUUUGUGGCGCAGCGUCGGAUUGCGGCGCCGGUGCAGCCGGCGGCGGCGGCGGCGGCCGCGCUGUCGGCCGCCACGGCCAUCCCGCCGCCCACCUCCGUGCAGCAGAAGCUGGAGCUGAUGCAGGCCAGGACCGAGUCGCGCCACCACCGGGACAAGCGCGAAGACUACCACCCCGACGACGACAAGGAGGACGGACAGGGUCCACCGGGUGAGACGGCAGCGGAACGCCGUGCCAGACGUCGCCGCACUCGUUGGAUGGGAUCCGAGCAUGACAAGACUUUCAUCCCGGGCCUACCCACUGUCCUGCCCUCCACGCUCACCCGCGAGCAGGAGGAGCAGUAUCUACUUCAGCUGCAGAUCGAGGAGGUGAGCCGCAAGCUGCGCUCCGGGGACCUGGGCAUCCCUGCCAACAUCGAGGAGAGGUCGCCGUCACCCGAACCCAUUUACUCCACGGACGGCAAGCGGCUGAACACUCGGGAAUACCGCACUCGCCGCAAACUUGAAGAGGAACGGCACCGUCUAGUGCAGCGCAUGCAGCAGAUCAACCCGGAGUUCAAACCCCCUCCAGACUAUAAACCACCCAUCAUACGAGUCCACGACAAGGUGAUGAUUCCUCAGGAAGAACAUCCUGAUAUCAAUUUCGUGGGACUUCUCAUUGGACCUCGUGGGAAUACUCUUAAAGCGAUGGAGAAGGAGACUGGCGCCAAGAUCAUUAUUCGUGGAAAAGGUUCUGUAAAGGAGGGCAAAGUGGGCCGCAAGGAUGGUCAACCACUUCCUGGUGAGGACGAGCCCCUACACGCCUACAUUACCGCCACAAAUGCUGACUGUGUUAAGAAAGCCGUCGAGAAGAUCAAGGAAGUUAUCCGUCAAGGUGUGGAGGUUCCAGAGGGUCAGAACGACCUGCGGAGAAUGCAACUUCGGGAAUUGGCACAACUGAAUGGAACUUUACGAGAGAACGACGGCCCGCGGUGUGCCAACUGCACCGCCACGGAUCACAAGACGUGGAUGUGUCCAGACAAGCCGAACGUGACAAACAGCAUUGUGUGCUCGUCUUGCGGAGGAGCCGGCCACAUUGCGAGAGAUUGCCGAGCCAAGCGGCCCGGGCAAGGACAGAUACUGCAUCACGCCAACAAGGCGAAGAUCGACGAGGAGUACAUGUCGCUGAUGGCAGAGCUGGGCGAGGCGCCUCCCACUUCCGGCGUGGGCGUGGGCGGGCCGCGCCGGCCCACGCCUGGACUGUUUCAGCCCACGCACGCGCCACGAGCUAUUAUGGCGCCGCCUGGUAAUAUCCCGCCAUCUUUGCCGCCGCCGCCGGGUGCAUUCCCGCCUCCCCUGCCCCCGCAUACUCAACCCGCCCCGCCGGGACAACCCGGACAGCCCGGACAACCCGGACCGCCCGGACAACCCGGACAACCUGGCCAACCCGCGCCCUGGCUCGCGGGCGUGGCCAGCAACCAGCCGCCGCCGCCGGGCAGCGCGCCGCUGCCGCCCGCCUUCCCGCCGCCGCACCUACAGCCGCCGCACCCCCACCACCAGCACCACCAGGGUGACAACCAAAUGGGAGGAGGUCCAAACAUGCCAGGUGGACCUCAUAUGCCUCCGCCACCACCUGGUCAGUAUUAA